CAUCUAUCAAGAUUAAUUGUGAGAACACGAUAUUGCCACAGGGUGGCGCACAUUGUCCUGUUUUCUGUUGUAACGAUGAGAAACCAAGAGGCAAGGGUGUUUUGCAACGUCUGGCCCGCCGACUCCUCCUCUUCCAAGCUGUCAGUACAGCAACCUUCAUAUAGCUGUCCUUGUAGUAACCGUUGGUGUCUCGAGUUCCGUUUGCUUUGUGCUAGAAAUACUGUAUCUGAUUGUAUUUGUUUGUAAAAGUGUUACGAAGAGCAAAAACAAAGUGGUUGGCUCAUUAUUACCCCGUUCUGCCGAUAGGUUAGUGGUAGGAAAUGCAUUGGGCUGCAUUGUUGCAACUGGCCAAGUUAUCGUACAAUUUGGAAGUGGUUUGACAGCUCGCGCUCUGCCUUGCGGAUGACUGCGACCCAACAAGACAUGUCUCGACGGAGUAUGAGGCUGGUUUUAGGGGGAUACUACCACCAAUCCUCCGAGGAUGACGAAUCCUCCUCAGUUUCCUACAGGGAGAGCCCUGUGAGGGUCUUUACCAAGAGGAAGACAGGGGGUCGGAAAGUGGCCUCCUCUCGUACCUCCAGCCGGGCCAACAGCGUGGCUAGCAGUGCUAGCAUUGCUAGCAGCAAGGCUAGCACGAUGGAGCCACCCAGUAAUGCUGAGGACAACAUUGGGGUCUCAAGUUUGGUUCAGAGGAGGAAGACCUUCCAGGAGCCUCCCAGUGUGGCUCCAGCCCCAGCCCCCAGCCUGAAUCUGGCUCCUAGCCCCAGGGGCUUCCCCUUCUACCAGACCAUCCUUAACCAGGCCCAGAGCCAGAGCAGUGCCGUGGACAGCUCUGGUUACUCCUCUUCGGAGGCAAGACGUUCCAAAGGAUACUCUGGAUACUCCUCUUUAGACAAACAAAGGGCUAGCGCCAGCCAGAGCUCUGGCACCAACAGGAAAAGCGCCAGUGCCAGCACCAGCGCCAGCUGGACCCCUCCGUUUGACCCUGCCAGUGUGGGGAAGGACAUUCUAAUUGCCUUCCUCCUCAUCCUCUUGACCUUUGGUCUAUUCUGCCUCUCUCUGCUAGGCUGUUGGCACCUUGCCCCCUUAGUAUGGUCCACCCUGACUCCGACUAUGACCCUGAACCGUCCAGUCAUCACCCCGACUCCACCCCCUGUCUUCAGUCUGCCUCCCAAGGCUAUGGAUGGAGCUUCGGUAUUUAAUUCUGCUUUGGAAGCCAAGAUGAACACCAUUCUGAGAGAAAUAGAAAUACUUAAGAAGGACCACCAGCAGAAAUGUGUUACCGAGAUAGUAGAGAGACUGCAGACAGACUUGACAGACGUGAGGACAGACAUGAGGAACUUGAGAGUGAGAGUGGACAGUGUGGAUCCUUUGGAUUGGGACCAUCGUUUGAGCCAGCAGACGGCCGGCUUCACCAGUCAGGUGAACGAUCUCAAGGACCAACACACACACAUCUGGCAGAGAGUCGCUGCCCUGGAGGACCAGAGUGCUACGCUGGAGCAGCAUGUCUACUCUCUCCAGAACCAGCCUCCUCCAGCACCCAGCCCCACCAAAGCCAACGCACGCCUGACCACCGAGCUCAAAGAGGCCAUGGCCAAAUGGCUGCAUGAGAAUGUGCCCCAGAAUGAGCCACGGAUUGUGAAGGAGAUUGUAAAGGACUGCAGUCCUCCAUUGGCUGACAGGAUGCCGGACUUUGCCUUAGAGUCCCAAGGUGCCAGCAUUGUGAGCACGCGAUGUUCCGAGACGUACCGUACCCGCUCGGCAUGUGUGACCUUCCUGGGUGUACCUCUCUGGUACCCCACUGAGAGCCCCCGCACCGUUAUCCAGGGCCAAUCUGUGCAGGCUGGGAAAUGUUGGGCGUUCCACGGUGCGCAGGGCACCCUAUUCAUCGCCCUGUCUCAUCCCAUUCGCAUCACCCACGUCACCCUGGAACACCUGCCUGUCUCCACCGCUCCCACCGGACGCAUCAACAGCGCCCCCAAGGACUUCUCUGUCUAUGGUAUGUCCACCGAGACAGAAGAUGGCACCUUCCUGGGAAACUUCACUUAUGACCAGCAUGGAGAGCCAAUCCAAACCUUCCAACUGCCCAACCCUACCAGGGCCGUCUAUUGCUAUGUAGAGCUGCGCGUUCUGAGUAACUGGGGUCACCUGAAGUACACGUGCGUGUACCGCUUCCGUGUUCACGGACACAUGGCCCCCUCCUCCACAUGAGAAGGGUUCACCAUCCACCAUCUACCCCAACCGCAGACCUCAGAGAGGCUAUGCUUUCAUACAGGAGCUUUUUAUUUAUUUUUUGCAUCUCAACAUCAUGACGGAACAGUCUAAAUAAAUCCCUCUAUUUUGCAGAAUCAGGGUGGUUUCAUACAAUGGCUUCUGUCUAGUAUGAGGUUAGAGGUCGUAUGGUUAAAGAUCUAUAGUGAUUUGUUUUAAAUGUACUGACCUGGUGGGAGUGAGGGGAUGGAUUUUUGUAAGAUUAAAGUGUGUGUGCGCGCGUGUGCUUUUGAGCAUAGAUUGUUUAUUUGCAUUUUGUCUGGCCACAGCAGACAGACAUUUCCGAUUGUACCUUGAAGGUGUGUGUGAAUAACAGUCCUGCCUGUGUUACUGGACUCUUACUCAGUUAAUUUUUUUGUUUUAUUUGUAUCUUAUACAAAGGUUGAAUUAUGUUGAGAAAUAACGUGGUUGGAUGUAUAUUUUGCAAGUAUCAAGAUGUAUUGUUAAUAUAUUUUAUUGCGUUAAGGAUUGGAUGUAAUGUGGUUGUAAAUUAUUAUUAUUUUCUGUUGGUCUGAAUGACUAAGAGUUUUGACGCACCUUGCCAAUAGGCAUCCUAUUGAAGGAUGCAUGAUAUGAUUUGAGAUGCUUGGUACUUUGCAUUUGGUAAUGUACAGGUAUUUCCAUUUCCUUACACAAUAAUACCAAAUAGACAGGCACAUACCAUGAGUAUUGUCUUUACUCAAAAACGAAGCUUAGUUUACAUGGCUUGUCACAUUUAUUUAUUUAAAAUUACUCUUAACAUUUUGCCUUUUUUAACAAUUCUAAUCAUUUUGAUAGUAGUGAACGCACAUCCAGGCAAUUUCCCAGAUGCAAGGUACAAAUCAUAGAAAAUAAAUACAUAAUUAUUUUGUCUUUA